GGCGCUCGGCGACUGACGUCCGAGCCUCCGUGAUCCUGAUUUUCUAUCUCCGUACCUCGUGGCGGAAUGCUCCUACAUGCGUCAUCCGCUGCUUACCAUCCGCUUUUCCUCGUCCCCGCCAGAACCGGAGACCGAGGAGGAGCCCCUCCUCGAUUGCACGCCGCCAAACUCCAAACCCUCAACGGGCUACAGCUACGCUCUUCCUUCUCCGCUCUCAGCUGCUCCUGCUCUCCCUCUCCUUCUCCCGGCGAUGGUGGGAAACGCAGCGCCCGCAGCCUGUUCGAUGAGCUUUCCGUUCUUUCUCCAGUCGUUCCAUGGGAGGUGGAUGAUAUAUGGAGAAUAUAUGCAGGUUAUUUCUUCAUCUUGCAUAUCCCCCUGAGCUUUGGAGGGCUUGGUGUGAUUGCCAAAGUAAUGCAGCGCUCGUCACUUGACUCGAUGACAACGGUAAUUUCUACACUCAUGCUUCAGUUAGCAGAGCUUGUUUUGACCUUAGUGCUACUCCAGUAUUCUGCAAAGCCAGGGCAAGCUAUCCAACCUUUCUUUUGUGGGAAGGUUUUUACAGAACGGAAUUGGGUCAAAGAGACUGUAUUAGGCUUUGUAGUUUUGAUAACCCUGGUAUUGACCACAUCCAUCUUAGCUGACAAAUUGGUAGGGUCUGAGGAUGCAUAUGACCCGGUAUUAAAGGAGAUCCUUUCUGGCAGUCCAGCCUCUGCUCUAGUGUGUUUCUUUCUCUACUGUGUUAUUGCUCCACUAUCAGAAGAAACCAUCUACCGUGGGUUCCUUUUGACGGCUUUGUCAUCUUCAAUGAAAUGGCGAGACGCUGUCGUGAUCAGUUCGCUCGCGUUCACUGUGGCACACCUGUCCGGUAAAAGUUCCAUUCAACUGUUCGUUGUUGGAUGUAUUACAGGGCUGGCUUACUGUCGAACUGGAACUUUAGCUGCUUCUUUCACCAUUCAUUCUCUGUACAAUGCAGUAUUAUUGUAUACGGCUUUGAUAUCAUGAUCAUUUUGUAUAAUUUGAAUGCAAAUGCUUUUACUAUACGGCUUGUUCGUUUUGCUC